AUGCGGCAUGAUGAAAUAAUGAGAGUCUACUCGAAUGUGAAGAUUCAUAGGAAUCUGUUAAAACUGCCACCACUACCAUCGGCUCAACAACGAUCAGUUACAGAAGAGAUUCAAUCGUCAAGACGAUCACCAUUACUGUUACAUCAAAAAGAAUCAACAAAUGCGAACAAAAAGUCAGAGGAGUCAACAAUUGAAAAAGACGAAGAAAUAACUGAACAUGUUAAACUAAUAAAUAAUAGCGAAUUCGAAAAUAAAACACCAAUAGAAGAACACAUUGAAUGGUCUACAGAACCGAUAUCUACAGCCGAAGAAACUUAUUAUGAAAAAUGUCAACAUUAUUAUAAUAUAACACAUACACCACUCAUUUCUGUGUCUGACAACAUUUUUGAUGAUAAAAUUGAAUUAACAUCGGCAUCAUUAGUAUUUAUUAUUGAUGAAGACGGGAAGAAUGAUAUUGUUAUUAGUAAAAUGCAGAAAGGUUCUGUCAAAGUAGUGUUUGACUUUAUCAAAAACAUUGGUUCUCAACCAAUAGUAAUUCAAGUCAAAGCUCUCUAUUAUUCACUUACCGACACAAUCAAAGAUGAAUUAGCUAAGUUAAGAGUUUUCUUCAUGUUUAUGGGUGAUCUUAAAUCAUUAAAUAGCAAGCAAGAGUUUCGUUAUGACAUGACUCUGUAUCCACAAUAUAAUCAUUUAUAUGUUCCAAAUAAAACAUUUUGGACCGAUACCACUCCAGAUGGAUUAGAUCGUGGUAAUCAACCAUAUUAUUGUCCUACUGGAUGGAAAAGAUAUUCGUUUUAUAUUACGGAAAAUUUUUAUGCAAAAUUUAAAGGAUGGUGUAUAUGUUAUCAUGGUACGAAAUUUUCUCAUGGUCUCUCGAUUUUAUUGAGUGGAUUAGCACCAGCAGAAAUAGCAGCAUAUGGUCAAGGAAUAUAUGCAACUCCAGCAAUUACUUAUGCGUGUCAUCCAAGAUAUUCCGAAGUAAAAAAAAUAGAAUCCUCAGAUGAGAGAGCAUUUUUCAAAGAUGGAAAUUAUAUUCAAUUUGUAUUACAAUGCCGCGUUCACCCAAAAUAUAUGAUAAAAAUUGAUCGUGAAACAUUGGGCGCUUGUGAAACUAAAAUUGAUUUGAACAUCAACAAUGAUUCUAUCGAAUGGCUUAUCGAUGCACAAGGAAAACCUUUGAUGGAUUUUAAUGAUCCGAAUUCUACUAUUAUUUGUACGGGUAUAAUGGUGCGUGUUACAGACAAUCAUCCUGGCUUAUUACCUGAAUCACAAUGGUGUCAAUAUCAACAAUUAGUUAAUAAACAAUUAAUCAAUAAACGAUGUCUAAUGCAUAAUAAAAGACAAUCAAGAAUAAUGAAAAAUUAUAUUAAUGCAAUAUUUAAUGAUUAA